CCAAGGUGAAAGUGGCCUAUACCUGUUCAUCACACGUCUUUGAUGCUUUUUUCAUCGCCCCACGCUCACCGGAGCCGAUAACUCUGCCAAACUUCGCCACAGGGAUCCUCUCACUCGUAGCUUUCAUUUGACACCGGGGUUGACCCAGCUUCUUUCGUUUUGACGCGGAAAGUUGGGGCCAGCCGUGUCGUAAGGGAUCGUGUCUCGUCAGCUUGGACAUGCAAAGCCGCAGCCCUUCGGAUCCUGCAGAUCACGAAAACCACACAAAUGGCACGCACGACUCCAUUUCUGAAGUAAAGACUCCAAAAGUCGAGGAAAAUUCCACCGAGGGCACCGCCACCCCGGACCACGAUGGCGCACCUCCGCUCAAAAAGCGGAAGCUCGCUGAUCCGCUCUUUCGAGAACGUUCGUCAUCUCGACCAACGUCUCCUCCCUGGAAAAAGGUCGCCGUCGAUGGUCCGACGUCCUUCGUGGAAGGUGGCCGACGGAAAUCGUCGCGUGUGAACGCGGUGCCCCUGGAAUUACAGCCGCAGAGCGAGAAGCGACAGACGCGGGCGGCAGCACACCAAUCUUCCGCCACCAAGGUCAAUGGAGCUCGGGGCGCUGCUGCUUCGACUCCUGCGACAUCGAAACCUGCCGUCUCUCAUGCGUCAGCUCAAUCCAGCGGUCGGCGGUCACGGCCCGCCGCCGCGACUAAACCUACUCAACCUCCACCGAAGCCUGCCUCCAAAACGCCCGGCUCCCAGACCACGUCAACGAGGACAAGCGCGAGGAGGGCAUCGCCACAUAAUCUUCGACAGCAUCAUCACAAUCAAGCUCCCGACACCCCCGUUCCGGCGCCCCGUUCCGGCCCACCGACUCGCCGAUCCGCUCGCACUUCUGGUAGGGUCACGGUGAAGGACGAAAACGUCGUGGAAACCAACGGCUGGCAUGACGGAGAAGACGAUACAAUAGGAGUUGGAAAGCUGUUUAAGCCACAAAAACUCAAGUUUCGAGUCCGCGCUCCUACUGUUCCGGUCUUGCAUCCGGACCAUGCGCUACGACCUCGACAAUUUUCAUCUUUUCAAGAAUGGCUAGAAGCCGAUGAUGCUACGGGCGGGGAGGAUGGGGCUCUCAUCACAGCCGAAGAUGCUUUGAAGGAGGCAAGGAUAAGACAGCGUGUCCUUGAUGCUAUCGCUCCUGGAGGGAUAUUGAGCGAAGAGAGAUGCUCAAUUUACAUUCCGGAUGCCCAGGAAGAACCGGCCCGCCAAUAUGCCCAUCAAGACCACCUCGUCUCUCAGGCACUCCAUUUCCAAAGGCUACUGUUUCAAGAACAAAGGCAUCAUCGAAAUAUGGCAAAGAAGCUUGCAUAUGCGGCCGCAGCGGAAUGGAAGAGGAGGCAGCCAAAGACAAAAGAAGAACUUGUCCAGGAGCAGCUCGAGGCUACAAUACUGGUAUAUAGGCAGGUUCGAAAAGCCCUGCAACAGAAAUGGGAAAUGGUUACGGCUGAGGUCAAUCGGAGGAGGCUAGAGCGGUGGGAGGAAGAACAGCAGGCACUCGGCAAGCAGGCGCUGAACCAGAUGUUAGAGCAAUCUACAGCCCUUUUGGACAAGCGGAGAAUGCGAAGGUCCUCCGAGGUCUCAAGCGACGUGCAGUCCUCUCACGAUGACUCCGAAGCCUCAGACAGGAGCGAGAAUGAGGAGGACAACUCCGCCGAGAGCAAUAUGUCAUCCAGCGGCUCUGAAAGCGGCGAGGAUGAAGUUAAAGAGGUCGACAAUGACGAAGGCCUAACGAUCGAGGAACUACGACGAAAAUACUCCGCCAUCGCCGCAGACACUCCAGGCUCCGUCGAUGUACCUGAAGAGCCUUCUCAUGAGCAAAGUGAACUUUCCACAUUGUAUGCUGCCAAAGAUGCACCUGAAGAUGAUGAGCAGGCUAGCGAGAGAGGCAAUGCGCAGGACACGGAUGCCGAAAUGGUCGAUGCCGAUAUGGCCGAUGUUGAGCUCGAAGAAGUUGAUGAAGCGUUAAUGGAUGAUAGUGACGAGUCAACAGACAUGGACGAUGAUAUGGGGGAUAGCGACGAGGAAGAAGAAGAAAACGAUGACGAGCAAGAUGCAGGGGAUGCCAGUGAAGAGAGCGAUGAGGAAGAUGUUGACCGUGGGCUUUUGGGAUUCUUCUCCAAAAAGGAAAUUGAACAGGCACGCGAUGAACCCAAACCGCCAGAGGCUGUUCCCGCAGAGAACAAUGCUCAGUGGUCUGAUGAGGAGAUGGAUGAGAUAUCGCUGAUUCCAGACCAUCCAUUGGUGCCAGCGACGCACGCUCCGGAGACUGUUGAAAUACAAGAAGGCGCUGGUCUUGAGGAGAAGCCCACCCCAGCAGACGACGUAGAGCAGAAUCUGGAGCUUUCGGAAGUUAGCCGUCAUCCAAGCAGUCGCGCCUCGCCUGAGACCAAUCCUACGACAAAACCUUCUGAUGGUGAAUCUGCUUCGUCUGUGGAGCCUCAGGUUGAUCAGCAGCCGCAAGCGUCGGAAGAACCAUCGGAGAAGCCAUCUGAGACAACACACGGACUACGGACGCCAUUACCCUUCCUUCUGCGAGGAACAUUGAGAGAAUACCAGCACUAUGGGCUGGACUGGCUCGCUGGUCUCUACUCGAAUCAUACCAAUGGCAUCUUGGCAGAUGAAAUGGGCCUCGGGAAGACAAUUCAAACAAUUGCCCUUCUGGCGCAUUUAGCUUGUGAACAUGAAGUUUGGGGCCCGCACUUAAUCGUGGUACCGACCAGUGUUAUGCUUAAUUGGGAGAUGGAGUUCAAGAAGUGGUGUCCUGGCUUCAAGAUUCUGACCUACUAUGGAUCCCAAGAAGAGCGAAAGCAAAAGCGGAAGGGCUGGCUCGACGACGAUCGUUGGCACGUGUGUAUCACAUCCUACCAGCUUGUCCUGCAGGAUCAGCAAACUUUCAAGAGACGGAAUUGGCACUAUAUGAUUCUCGACGAAGCGCACAACAUCAAAAAUUUUCGCUCGCAAAGGUGGCAAACCCUCCUAACCUUUAAGACCCGCGCUCGCCUACUUUUGACCGGCACGCCCCUUCAAAACAAUUUGACGGAGUUGUGGUCGCUUCUCUUCUUCUUGAUGCCAUCGGACAGUAGGGAGUCUGGAAUGGGCGGCUUCGCUGAUUUAAAGGAAUUCUCGGAUUGGUUCCGAAGACCCGUCGAGCAAAUCCUUGAGCACGGUCGAGAAACAAUGGACGAUGAAGCAAAGGGUAUAGUAACUAAACUGCACAAGGUCCUUCGUCCCUACCUUUUGCGCCGAUUAAAGGCAGAUGUCGAGAAGCAAAUGCCGGCCAAGUAUGAACAUGUUGUUUACUGUCGUCUGUCGAAGAGACAACGUUUCCUAUACGACGGCUUCAUGUCACUGGCACAAACCCGUGAGACCCUCUCGUCAGGGAACUAUUUGUCGAUCAUCAACUGUCUCAUGCAACUUCGGAAAGUCUGCAAUCACCCUGAUUUGUUUGAGACUCGGCAGAUUGUCACUUCUUUUGCAAUGCCAAAAUCCGUGGUAGCUGAUUUUGAGAUUAAAGAUCUGUUUGUGCGGCGACGCCUUCUACGGGAGGAUCUCUCGAACAAGGCUAAUCUCGAUUUCCUGAAUUUCUCAUUUACGGGAGAUGCUGCCGGUUCUUUACAUGGCAUGACUGAAAGUUCCCGGCUCACUGCCAUUCCUGCGCUUCGAGAACGGCUUAGGCGACAGCACGGUCGGAUUGACUGGCGAAAGAGAUUGGAUGGAUCAUCCAUGGAAUCGACCUUGGCGUAUAUGGAGAACGCCGCGAGAUAUUCGAGGCUCGAGGAGCUUCGUCACUGCGUCUAUAUCAAUUCUCUCCGCACCCAAAAGCGACCUGUGUAUGGAGAGGGACUUCUUGGACGUCUCACUCUUGACUUGCAGGAGCGCCCUCUUUUGCCGAGACCUAAGAAGCAAGCAGAGCUCUCCAAUUGGGCUCUGAAUUCAUCCUCUGUUCUUCGAGACAUGGUCAAGACAAUCUAUGAACGUUCUCAAAGCCUAGAAUCGACCAUUCAGGCUUUCGGAUGCGUUACUCCAGCCGUUGUCGCCACUGACCUUGUCCCACUUGCGCUGCAGUCGCAGGGCAUGGAAUUGGUUCAAAGAUCGUCCAGAGUCUACAAGUCUGACCCUUUUCAUGAAGCGAGAAUCCGCUUGUCCAUUGCUUUCCCCGACAAACGAUUGCUGCAGUAUGACUGUGGCAAACUUCAGCGCCUCGAUCGUCUUCUCCGCGAGCUCCAGGCCAAUGGUCACCGGGCACUCAUUUUCACGCAAAUGACAAAGGUCCUUGACAUUCUAGAGCAAUUUUUGAACAUCCAUGGCCAUCGCUAUCUCCGACUUGAUGGUGCAACAAAGAUUGAACAACGGCAAAUCCUCACUGACCGUUUCAACAAUGAUAACCGCAUCCUCGCCUUUAUCCUUUCGACUCGCUCUGGAGGUCUUGGCAUUAAUCUUACCGGUGCUGACACGGUCAUCUUUUACGAUCUCGACUGGAAUCCAGCAAUGGAUAAGCAAUGCCAAGAUCGUUGUCACCGUAUCGGACAGACUCGAGACGUCCAUAUCUAUCGCUUCGUUUCCGAGUAUACGAUUGAGUCUAAUAUUCUCCGCAAGUCCAACCAGAAGCGCAUGUUGGACGAUGUCGUUAUUCAAGAAGGAGAGUUUACGACUGAUUAUUUCAAUAAGCUCAGUAUCAGGGAUAUGCUCGGUGAUGAAGCUCCUCCUGUGGACGAGGACUCGGCAGCAAAUGCCGCCAUGGAUCGCGUACUUGGCGGUAUGGAGUCAGAGAAGGCUCUUCAGCAGGUGGAAGACCGCGAGGAUCGCGAUGCCGCCAGACUUGCUGAGAAGGAAAUGGUUCAUACAGAUGACGCCGAUUUCGAAGAAAAGGCUGGCCACGAGAGCAGCUCUGUCGGGACGCCAAAAACGCGUGGCCCGUCCACUCCGAGGGAACUCAUGCCACCUCCCUCGGCUUUCCCAAAUGCUUCCAAGACCGUUCAGUUUGGUACUGACACUGUGGACACAACAACUUCUCUCGAAGCUGCCGGAUCAGGUCUUGCCGCGCCGGAUGACGCAAUGGAUGCAGAGAUGGCUGAUGCAGAUGAGGAAGAGGAGCCUGGCCACAUUGAUGAGUACAUGCUCCGUUAUGUCGAGUGGGAGCUCAAAGACGUCCCAGUCGCCAUUCCUCUGGAUCCGAAGAAGAAGAAAGCCAAGAAGGGGCAAGCUCAUCAUAUUCCGCGGCGCAGGUAGUGGAUGCACGCCCGUGUCGAUUGCUUUUGCCUUUCGGGCUCCUCCUGUUUCAUCCUUCACGGGCUGAUAUCACUGUGUUCAGUCCUACGUCUUGGGAUGUAUCAUAAUUGGUGGAACUUUCUUGAUCUUGUAUUAUUACUUGGUUCUUGCUCCUCGCUGACAAUUUCCGUUCCACCCGUUUUACUCUGUCUCUAAUCGGCUUGAGAUCAAGGACGAGAACGACUUUUGCUUUUUUUUUUAAUGUUUGCUGUAACUGACUUGUUUCGGAACCCCUGGCAAAUUCCCCUCUACUCAUGAAAAACCGGCGUUGUAUGAUUCUUUGAUAUGGGCUGGAUAUCACCGCCCAUGGAUUUGCAUUGAUUGGCGUCUUUGGCUAUUUUUCUCAUAGCAUCUUCUCCCUUUAUCUUUGAUAUGCCUUUUUUACCUUAUCUGUCAAGCGAAGGUCGUGUAGCUUAGUAUAGCGCCUAGUCAUUAAUUGUACAGUACGAUAAUGGC